CCAGCCCGCCCCGCCCCUCGGACUCCCGGCCGCCCCCGACCCGCACUGGGGUCCGGCCUCACGGCAGCGGCAGCAGCGGCGGCGGCGGCGGCUCCGCAGCUCCGCCGAGUCCGGAUCCCGGAUCCCGGGAGCGGGCGCGGCGUGGCAGGGGCAGCCUUCCGCCACCGAGAGCCCAGCUGUCAGUUGCCUCAGAGGAAGAUGGACAGUCCUGGCACAGGUGUGCAUGUGGCCACUGCCCUAGGAGUGCUGUGGUUCUGCCUCACAGGCACCGCCUUGGAGGUCCAGGUCCCCGAAAACCCCGUGGUGGCCCUGGUGGGCGCAGACACCACCCUGAACUGCUCCUUCUCGCCUGAGCCUGGCUUCAGCCUGGCUCAGCUCAACCUCAUCUGGCAGCUGACAGACACCAAACAGCUGGUGCACAGCUUCACGCAGGGGCAGGACCAGGGCAGCGCUUAUGCCAACCGCACCGCUCUCUUCCCUGACCUGCUGGCACAGGGCAACGCCUCCCUGAGGCUCCAGCGCGUGCGUGUGGCUGACGAGGGCAGCUUCACCUGCUUCGUGAGCGUCCGGGACUUUGGUAGUGCUGCGGUCAGCCUGCAGGUGGCAGCUCCCUACUCAAAGCCCAGCAUGACCCUGGAGCCCAACAAGGACCUUCGGCCUGGGGACACGGUGACUAUCACGUGCGCCAGCUCCCGGGGCUACCCUGAGGCGGAGGUGUUCUGGCAGGACGGGCAGGGUGUGCCUCUGGCAGGCAACGUGACCACGUCACAGAUGGCCAAUGAGCAGGGUUUGUUUGAUGUGCGCAGCGUCCUGAGGGUGGCGCUGGGCGCUAAUGGCACCUACAGCUGUCUGGUGCGCAACCCCGUGCUGCAGCAGGACGCUCACGGCUCUGUCGCUGUCACAGGACAGCCUGUGUCAUUCCCCCCUGAGGCCCUGUGGGUGACUGUGGGACUCUCAAUCUGCCUUGUCGUGCUGCUGGUGGCCCUGGCCUUCGUGUGCUGGAGAAAGAUCAAACAGAGCUGUGAAGAGGAGAAUGCAGGAGCUGAGGACCAGGAUGGAGAUGGAGAAGGCUCUAAGACGGUCCUGCGGCCUCUUAAACACUCUGAAAACAAAGAAGGUGAUGGACAAGAAAUAGCCUGACUACGAGGACCAGCGAGCUGCUGCCCCUGCCCUGAGCUCCCACCUCUGGCUGCACUGGGACCUCAGUGUGAGCCCCUGGCUGGGGCUUCCCUGCGCCCAACAGAUGGCCCCACCCCAGUGACUUGACUCAUUCUGCAAAGGAUGUGACUCACAGACCACCCACAGCCUCAUUUCUCCAAUGGACAUGGCUCCCAAGUCAUUCUGCUGCCUUAUUUCUCACGGACACAAGACACAGAUGACCCACACCACCUUAUUUCUCCAGUGGAUAUGCCACGUGGGCCCCCUGGCUGCCUUUUUCCUCCGGAGGACACAGUAUGCAGACUGACCCUCUGCCUUACUUCUCCAAAGACACGAUACACAGUUAGCCUGCCGUGUUUCUCCAGGGGCCCUGGUACACUAGUUAUCACCUCCACCUUCCCCGUCCGAGCUGCCUGUAGUCCUGGGUCCUCAGACGGGGCACUGCAGCCUCAGCAUCUCCUUCAGUCCAGCGGUGUUUCCUCCUGCCUUCUCCUGCACUGUUCCCAGUGCUGGCCUUUCCCUUCCCUUCUAAGUGCAGACAGGCGCCCUCCCCAGCCAUGCAGAGAGACACAGAGGCAUGUGCCAGAACUCAUUCAGACCUCCCCUGUCCGAUCUCUUCCACAGUGCACCAGGUGUGCCCUGUGAGCCCCCUCUGCCCACUGUUUCCAUGAGAAGCAGGUGCCGGUCACACUGGGUCUCUGAGGGUCAGCUUCUGCCCCUCUGCUUUUUCCACCCUUGUUCAUCUGCCCAAAUGGUGCUCACUGAGCACUUGCAUUCCCCAGAGAUGGUUUGUGGAACCAUCUUUGAAAACACAAGCCAUUCCCUCAAGGAUCUUGCCCUUUAGCCAGGAACUGGUGAGGAAAUAGCGGUUCAUGCGAGAGGCUCCUGCCUUGUCCCUACUGUGCUGCUCUUAUGUGCCCCUAGCUCCUGGGUGCCUCACCCCAUCCAUCCCUAGUUCUUACCUGGAGAGAAGCUGAUGGUCCCCAAAGAGUCUUUCCAGGGUGAGCAGGUGAGCAGGCAGCUGAGGCCCAACAGACUCUGAGAACCCAGCAUAGGGGAAGCCUGGGACCUCUGGGGGUAGGGGUAGAGCGCCCCCCCCCCACCCCACCAUGGUGCUGUUCUGGGGCUGGGCAGACAGCUCGGGCUUCUCUGGCCGGCCCUGCCUCCAGUUGAGUAAACUUCUGAAGUUCUGGUGUCUUCCCACUAACGUCUCCCUUCGCCGGCAAUGGAAGAUGUGGGUAUUUCUAAUUUAAAUGUGGGACUCUGAAGAAUUCUGUUAACUGGGUGGGUGGGUGGGGAGUUUGGGGAAAAAUAAAUGCCUUUGUAGAAAGCUU